UCGAAUCGCGUGGUGGACGCCACGUCGUCGUCGUCGUCGUCGAUCGGUUCUCGGUUUUCGCCGGCUUCCUGCCCAAAGUCACGAGUUUACGAGCUUAGUGGGUGGCGAGUUUCCACCCCGCUCUAGGAACGGCCUAUGCAAAUAUGUGCACAACAUGCUGCAACAUAAAUUAAAUCGAAUUAAAUCCGCACAAGACUCGAACUAAAGUCAAAAUAUUACAAUAAUUGGGCUGUCGUGGGUGUGACAUCUUUAGGUCGGCGGCACGUGUGUGUGAAUCCAAUUUCCGUUUUUCCCCCUCAGUUUUACCGGCUUUUCCUCGAAAGCACCAAAUUGUAUUUGCUCCAACUGAAAGUCAGCUAAAGUUGCGGACGAAAAAAAAAUAAAUAUGACCAACGCAUCUAGCAAGGAUCAACAGCAAUUUAAUUAAACCACAACAAAUUCACUUGAUUGCAAAACAUGAAUUCGCAAAAAAGCAUCGGGCAACUUUGUUGCUGUUAAAAUUCCUUACUUGCAUAAAAUAUGAAAUUCAUAAAAUUUUAAUAUUGCCAUUUGCGUUAAUUAAACCAUGAGCAAUUCCAAUCGCCGGAGCCAGACAAAGCCACUCGCUUAAAAAUGCACACUCCCCAUUGCCGUCGUCCGAGCAUGUCGUCGGCUCUUUCCCACAAGGACUACGCAGGACUCGCCGGCUGCUCGGCACUCGCUUUUGUCCUGUACCUAAACACACUUAACGCUGGAUUUGUCUACGAUGACAGACGCGCCAUCUUGGCGAAUGGAGACGUGACAGGAUUUCACCCAGCGGCGCAUCUUCUGCGGAACGACUUCUGGGGCACUCCGUUGGUGGACAGCGGAUCCCAUGGCUCCUGGCGACCGCUGUGCGUGCUCAGCUUCCGGCUGAAUUUCCUGGCUGGCGGGAUUACGCCCAUGGGCUAUCACCUGGUCAACGUUCUGCUCCACUGUGUGGCCACGUGGCUGGUGUUCCUGGUGGGGCGCACACUGCUGCCCACUCGGAUUGGAGUCCUGGCCGCAGGAGCUCUUUUCGCCGCCCAUCCCGCCCACACGGAGGCGGUCGCCGGAUUGGUGGGCAGGGCGGAUUUGGCCGCCUGUGUUUGCUACCUGCUCAGUUAUCUUUCCUACCGACGGCACAUGCUGAAUCGGGAGUGGGGAUCUCUGGUCCUCACCAUUAUCCUUGCGCUGGCUGCACUGCUCUGCAAGGAGACGGCCAUUACGGCACUGCUGCUGUGCGGACUGUGCGACAUCCUGUCCGCAGUUGGACGGGAAAAUGGUGAUAAGCACCGUAUUCGAUCGCUAACAAUUUUGGGAUUUAGCCUAUUGUGCGCAGUGUACUGCCGCCUCAGCCUGCUGCCACGCCCCUCCACCGCCUUUUCGGCCGCCGACAAUCCGACGGCCCAUGAGUCCUGUUUUUGGACGAGGACCCUCACCUUUUUGUACCUGCCGGUGGCCAACUUUCGACUGCUUCUCUGGCCACAGGAUCUAAGCUUCGACUGGGGAAUGGAGGCAGUGCCGCGGAUCAGAACGCUUUGGGAUGCCCGAAAUAUCCAGAGUGUUGGUUUCUACGGAUCCUUGUUGGCCGUUCUGUGGAAGUGCUCUGGAUUGCGCCGCUCAGCCUCAUCGAUGGACUUUACGGAGGUGGCCAAUAUUUCGCUACCGCUUUUGAGGCGAUUAGGUGGCAAUAGCUGCCAAAAGUGGCUGGGCCUCACCUGCGAUUGCCACCAUCAACUAUCCGCUCCCAGCUAUCGUUCCACGGCAUCCACCUCAUCCUCCUCCUCCUUCGCCUCCUCGAAAAGCUCCUCUUGGCCAGCUUCCUUUAUGGCCAUUGCCUUCCUGGUGCUGCCUUUCCUGCCCGCCAGCAAUCUGCUCUUCUACGUGGGACUCGUAAUGGCCGAGAGGGUGCUCUAUCUGCCCAGCGUGGGCUAUUGUCUGCUCUUUGGCCUCGGUUUCGGUAGUCUCUGGCAGCGGGCGAAGGACUCCAGGCGAUCCAGGACGAUGCUCCUCUGCGGCCUGGGCCUGCUCCUUGGAAUCCACGGACUUCGCACCUGCAGACGCAACUUGGAUUGGCGGGAUGAGGAGCAGCUAUUCCGCAGUGCCAUCGGCGUGAAUCCACCAAAGGCUCUAGGCAACCUGGGGAGUGUCCUCAGUGCCCAAGGAAGAUACGAGGAGGCGGAACUGGCUCUGAGGAUGGCCCUGGGACAUCGGCCCACCAUGGCCGAUGCUCACUUUAAUCUAGGCGUGGUGCACCAGAGGCAACUCAACUUUAGCUCAGCUGUUCCCUGCUUUCGCCGGGCCAUCGGAUUACGUCCCCAACUGGCGGCGGCGUACUUGAAUCUGGGCACAUCCCUGAUCUCCCUGGGCGACCAUCGGCAAGAAGCCAUCUCGGUGCUGCGAACCGGAGCUCGACUGGAGGGGAUUGGGGUUCGGGAUCGAGGGGCCCACGAGGAGGCCCGCUACACCUGCUACCUGCAACUGAGUGUCCUUCAUCGCGCCGACGGGCGACUUCAGGAAGCUGCAUCGAUGCUGAGGGAAUCCCUUAAAGCUCUGACUUUGCUGUCCCAAAAGCAGAGGGCUGUACUGCAUCUGCGUCUCGGCGAAAUCCUGGCGGAGCUGCAGGAUUGGAAGGAGGCUGAGCAGCAGCAGAGAUUGGCCCUGCAAUUGCAACCGGAGCAGGGAGCAGCAUAUGUGACCUAUGGCCAGACACUGGCCAGGAAUGGCAGUCGACUUGCGGAGGCAGAGUCCUGGUUCAAAAGAGCCCUGCAACUGGCACCUCUGGAGGCCAGUUCUCAUCACCAUUAUGCUGACUUCUUGGAGCAGCAGGAGCGCCAUCAUGAAGCACUUGGCCUUCGCCUGAGAGCCGCUGCCUUGGCGCCCAACGAUUAUACCCUGCAAUCCUGCGUGGCGGAUGCACUGCGUCUGGUGAACCGCCUGGCCGAAGCGGAGCUGUGGUAUCGAAAGGCUGUCACCCUGCAACCACUGGCGGCCCACGCCCAUGCCAAUCUGGGCGCCAUCCUGCAGAUGCGAGGCCACCGAAGGGAGGCAGUGGAGUGCUAUCGAAGGGCCUUGGAACUGCAGCCAGGACAUGCCAUCAGCAGGUCGAAUCUGGCCAAGAUGAAUCUGCACAAGGACACCAAUGAAUAAGAAUUGCUGAGGACGUAGGCUUAAAUAAAUUGUAGAUAGGAGAGAGAGAUUAUCAAAUGAUUGACGGCAUUGUCAAUAUAUUUUUUAACAA